UGUUCAGCCCCGAGCCCCGAGCCUCGGACUUGAACAUUUACAUUUGAUCAUUUUCUUCUUUCAAAUUACACUUUUUCACUGGAAAUGGAAACGUUUAACAGCGCGUCUUUACAAAUUGUUGAGAAAUAGUUUUGCGCGGAAACUCUGCUGCACACGUGUUUUUGGAGUUUAGCGCAACUCACACAGGAAGAAGCCGCAAACGGAUGUGUGACAAUGCACCGCGCAGUGAGCACGAAACAGCUUUAAUACAGCUUUAAAUCAGCUUUAAAACAGCUUUAAAACUCUGAAAUGGCGCAGAAAAGCGCGUAACCACAGCCACAGACGCGCGUUUUCGCUUGGAUACAUAAUCAAACCAUUAGAUAAAAUUACGCGUGUGAGUUUUUUUCUUUCUAAAUCAUGGGGACCCAAGGAGCAGGACGCAAGAGGUCCACCAAUAAAGACAAGACCACCGCAGAGGACGAUGCGCUCAAUCUCAUCGCCAGAGAGGCUGAGGCCCGGUUGGCAGCAAAGCGAGCGGCCCGAGCGGAGGCGAGAGAGAUCCGUAUGAAGGAGCUGGAGAGGCAGCAGAAAGAGAUCUUUCAGGUGCAGAAGAAAUAUUAUGGUCUGAGCCCCAAAGGAGACGAUCGUCAGGACAGCAAAUGGGGAGAUAUUGAACAGUGGAUGGAGGACAGUGAGAGGUACACAAGACCUUCACGGAUCCACACGCUCUCAGAUGAAGAUGAGCGGAUGUCCGUGGGCAGUCGGGGCAGUGUUCGGUCUGAUUUGGACAUAGUAGGGGCCUAUGCCGGAGGAGGGGACUCCCCAUAUUCACACAAGAAGUCAAAGAAAAAGAAGAAACAUAAGCACAAAGACAAAGAUAGAAAUGGCUGUGACGAUGAUUACAGUGUGAUGUCCAGCAGGAGCUCCAGACUGAGUGACGAGAGCAGGAUGUCUCGGUCUUCCAGACUAGAUUUAACGAGCUCCGUUCUGGCAGACGAGAGCCGAGCCUCCCGAUCCUCCAGAUUAGACCUGCAGCCGACUUCCUUUGCUUCUUCAGACCUGUACAGCCUCAAUGGUCUGUCCUCCUCCCGGCCCAAUCUCUAUAAUGGUUACCAGCUGGGCAGGUCUCUCUCUCAGGUCCCUCUGCAGAGCUAUCGGAGGAGCUCUCUGUAUGAAGACAGUCUGUGCAGCAGCUCACGAAGGGGCACUGCUCAAGUUCCUUUAGACUUCAGCAGUUACCGGAGCUCAGGGUCCAGGUCAGGAUCCAGGACUUCAUCCCGAGCCUCGUCCAGAGCCGGAUCAGCCCGGACCAGUCCUGUGGACACCACCAGCAGCUCAGUGGCCAGUUUUCUGAGGAGUGCGGUGAGCAGUGGACUUCCUCGAGACCUGGACGAUGUCACUAUCCCAGACUUUUCAGACGUGGAAGAUGGCAACUAUCUUGAAAAGGGGUCUCGAGCCGCCUCAGCCCUCACAGCCACCACACUCACGUCUUUAGGGGGGACGUCCUCCAGGAGGGGCAGUGGAGAGACGGCCCUGACUCUAGACGCUGAAACAUCUCUACGAGAAAUUAAGGAGAUUCAUGAACUGAAGGAUCAGAUCCAGGACGUGGAGUCAAAAUUCAACCAAAAUCUGAAAGAAGCAAAGGACAAACUAGCCGAGGUGGAGGAGAAGUACCGUAAGGCGAUGGUGUCUAACGCUCAGCUGGACAAUGAGAAGAACAACCUGAUGUACCAAGUGGACACACUGAAGGACUCUCUGAUGGAGCUGGAGGAGCAGCUCGCAGAGUCCAGGAGGCAGUACGAGGACAAGGCCAAGGACUUUGAGAGGGAAAAACAGGCCCACGGAAUUCUACAGUUCCAGUUUAAUGAACUCAAAGAGACUCUAAAACAAAGUGAGGAGCUACUAAAUGAAAUCCGUCAACUGCGGAUAAAAGAGGAGGGAUUUCACAGAGAAAUCUCAGAUCUGCAAGAAACUGUGGACUGGAAAGAUAAGAAGAUCUCGGCCUUGGAGAGACAGAAAGAAUACACAGACGCCAUUCGAAUUGAACGAGAUGAGCUCAGAGAAGAAGUUGUGAAACUCAAAGAUAUUUUAAAGAAACACGGGAUAGUCCUGGGUCCUGACUUGAACAUAAACGGAGGAGUCACUGAGGCGUUCAACAGUGAGGAGUCCAGCUCAGACCCAAACUCUCAGCCCACCCAGGAGACCCCCAUUUCCCCCACAGAAGGCACCAACAGCAUGCUGGGAAACUCAGAAGAGGAGACCAAAGAGACGAGCGAUCACCCAACUCAACAAUCCAAACUACGACAAAAUCAACAAACGCAUGACAACAUUGAAAAACAGCUCGUGAUGAAUGAAACUUUAGCAUCUAAAACGGAAAUAUCUGCAAACGAAAACCAACCAAAACCCAGUAUUGAACAUUCCAAUGCAAAUACAGUUAUGAAGGAGACCGGCCGAGUUGAUGCUGCGACAAGCUUUGAUGAAAAAUGUAUAGAAAUUGAACCAGUUGAGCAAAAAGAUAAUGAAUAUACAGAAUCAGAAGAGAGCCAAAGUAUCGGAAAUGCUGAAAUUAAACCAACUUCUCAAGAUCAUUUGGAAGAACAAUUUAUUGAAAAGGUUGAUUCUACGACAUUGACUAAAAUUGACCCAGAGCGAUCUGAGAGAAGAGAAGAGAAUGCAUUAGCUAAAGAAGAUAAAAAUACUGAUCCAGUAGUUGUUGCGUCUAAAACUGAAACCCAGCAAGAUUUAGAGACACUGGAUGUCGACAGUGAGGAUGUAUCGGCCAAACCUCACGUUACUUCUGGUGGAGGCAAGAAGAAAAAACGCAAGAAAAAGGGUAAAAAGAAAGGAGCGACGUCUGAAGACAAAGAACAGAAUGUCAAACCAGAAAAGCAAACCAAAAGUGAUGUUAAAACUGGAGAUAGUGGGUCAAAAAUACAAGCCAGCAAUGAACUUUUGACAGUUCAGAAAAUUCAAGAAAACAAGCAAAUUAACUUGGUAAAUGAUGUAAAAGAUUGCAGCCCUACAGCACAAACAGUGGAACAAGCUGGACCCAUUUGUGAUGUCGAUAGAAACGCGGAAACCAUCAACUUGGUCAAUGAAGUGAGCACUGAAAAAGAUGAACUAAAAGAAACUCUUGAAGAAUCCAAUGAUAACCAAGAAAUUCUGGACAACCGACAAAUGAAUGAUCAACAAAACUUGGUGGAAGCUACGAAACAGUUACAACAAGCAGGACCGAUUUGUGAUAUUGAAAAAGACGUGGAAGCCAGUAGUUCAAUGACUGAAGUUGAACCAAAAGUUACUGAAGCGAAUACAACCUGUUUGGCGACAGCUCGAGCAGAAGAAGUUUCAGGGGGUGAGGCUGCCGUUGGUACAUCUUGCAAUUUGGAAGACACAGACUCAGCUAAUAACAAAGAAAAUACGCACCCUUUAGACAAUGGGGAGCCAGAAAUGAAAAGCGAAGCUAGUUUGGAAAUGUACGAUGGGAAUGGUACCAGUGCUGUUAAAAUUGAUGUAACUGAAAGCGGUGAAAAUGUUGCUUUAACAGAUGAGAUUGGUCUGACGCGUUCUGAUGGUGCUACAGUGUCUGAGAAGGACAAGAUUAUUGAUGAAGUUGAGAAGCAAAAUGGUGAAAUUCAAAGGAUGGAAAGUGAACAAGCUACUACUAGUAUUGCUAACAGUCAAGUUGAUAAUUCUGAGUCCAGUGUACAAGAUAAUGAUUUAAAAGAAAGUUUUGCAGACAUUGGGGAGGAAAAACAUGACAGUUUGAAGGAUAAUGAUUCAGGUGUUGAAGAAGCGUCUAUUUUUGUGGCUCAAGAUGAGAUUUUGGAUAACAGUGAAAGUCCAAAGUUGCAAAAUGUGGAUUCAAAUCAGGAGCCAACUGCUAAUGAUGAUACGUUAAUUAUACCUGGAAAUGCAGCUGCUGUAGAGACAAUUGACAAAGGAACCACGGAGAUGCAUUUGAUUGAGGAAGGCAACGAUGCAGAAAUGAUCGUUACCAAAGCUGACAAUGAACUGAAAUCAAGUCAAAUUGGACCAGAUGAUGCUAGCGGUGUGGUCAGUGUACACGAUGAAUGCAACUAUGACAGCAAGGACGCUGUUAGAGUUGGCGUAGUAAGCGGAGAGUUGAAAUCACCGAAGAAAGAUGUCGAGGUUAGCAUUGAUGUUUUGGUGCAAGAAGACACCUCAGAUGAGCAUUUAAGUGAUGUUAAACAGCAAGAUACUGGUCUAAAUGAGGGAAAUCACAGUGAAAAGUUGGAUGAAAUUGAUACAAAUAUAGACGUUACCGUUCCAGUUGAUUUGGAAAGUGUGACUGAGGAGCUAAAUGUUUCUAGCAACGAAGAUAAGAAAGUAGCCUUAGCAAGUGGACAAGAUGUUUUGGUAGAAGAGGAUUCAAAAGACCAACUAAUGAACACUGAAUUGGACAAACAAGGUCAGAAUAUAGACCCUGAUCAUACAGAGCUGAAAGCCGUUGAAAUCAAGACAGAAAUUCCUUGCAAAGAUGUUGAGCAACCAGAACAAGGCGAGGAAGACGAGGUCAAAUUAUUGGUUGACGUAGGAGUGGAUGUUCUGGUUGAAGAUGACAACUCAAAAAAUGUGAGAAAUGAUUUGGACGUAGAAGAUAAAGGGUCACAAAAUGCACUUGAGAGAACACAAGAGGAAGAAGUUGAACCAGGGAUUAAGGUUUCACUUGAAGAUGACCAAAUGACAAGUAGUGAAUCACAAAGUGUACAAAAUGAUACUACAGUGUUGGAAAAUCUAGAUUUGCAGCCACAAAAUCUUGCUCAAAAUGAUUCAAAUGCAGAUGCCCAAAAUAGCGUGGAAGAUGGGCCAAAAGAAUGUCUACCAAUGGAGCAAGAUGGUGAGGAAGAGGAGGAUGAAGGAGAGGGUAUGUCAUUUGAUUUUGACGAUUUGGAAAUGGAAGCGGCCAUUGCUCAAAGUUCAGAGUUUAAAACUAUUGACGAAGAAUUUGAGGUGGGGGUAGAAGUUUUGGCAGAUGAAGCAAACUUCAAAGAUGAUUUGAUUGACAAGCAACAAAGAAAUGGUCCAAAAGUUGAUAAUGGUAAUGAGGAUUAUAAUAUAGUGGACAAAGAUAAAUUACUUGCGGUCACAAAUAAUGACGACGAGAAUUUGGAUGGUGCAAGUUUUGGUAGUCAGUCUGAAAUCUCAUUCGACGAAAUUGGAGCAACUUCUGAGCAAGCGACAAUUGUACAAGACGCUAAACAGAACAGUAGUGAAAAUAAUAAUAAGCAAUCUGCCAUGGAUGAUCAGGGUUCAAAUUUGGUGAAAAAUACUGAUUUGCCGAGUGGAAAAACACAAGAACCAGGAGUAACUGGUGAACGUAAUCGAUCUGGAAAAAAUGGUAAAAGGGGCAGUAAGAAAGGCAAAGGGAAGAACAAAGAUGAGUGCAAAAUGACUUAAAUUUAUAAUGAUUACUGCAUUUUCUGUUAUGCCACUGUGCGCUUAAAGGUGCACUACAGAACCUUUCUGAUGGAGGGUCUCAGUCAACUGUUCGUCUCCAUGGAGAUGAUCUUGUUUUGCCUGAAAUGUUCCACUAUAUGAUGGUAAACUUGUAACAGGUCUUUUCAUUGUUCAAAAAUACCUUGAAAAACGUGCAUUCUCGUGGUGAGUUGACUCGCAUUUCUACAGAUUAGACCAGUAACUAGCCCUGAUAGUGUCACCUGCUUGUCUCCAUGGAGAUUAAUAACUUAAAUGGUAUAUUUUGGAACAUUCCAGGCAAAGCAAUGGAGACAAGAAGGUGAUAGACCUUACAACAGAAAAGUUUCAGUGCACCUUUUAUUGUGGUUUCAGUCUUAAAUGUCUCGAUGUUUAGUUCCAUGUAACAACAGUGUGAGCAACUGUUGUAGCUGUAGUUUACAAGUCAAUAUUAAGUCUUUUGUAUGAAUGAUUAUAGUGGCAUGUUAUUGAGUAAGAAAAACUGUAAAUGAAAACACAGUUCUGGGACCACAGGAAAAGCCUUUGGGUCUUUGGGUUGUCAAAAUAAAAUAUCCUACGUUUAAAAGUAAACACGUUAUGUUUUAUGACUUUGGUCCACUGUAAUUACUUCCUGAUUGUGCCAGAAGGUCUUGUGAUUGGCUGAAAUAAAACAUGUGAUUACAUUACUUCCUUACAUGUUCACAUACUGAAGACUUUAUUACAUCGACCUUUGACACCUCAGGUCACCUUUAAACUGGUCACUUGUCCUUUGCUGUUUUGCUGCUUAGCUUUAAAUUACAUUACAUAUAAAAUAUGUUGCACUUUUUCUAAGCCAACAUCUUUAUGAAUGUCGGUACCUUCAAUGUACGAUUUACUGUAUUGUUUUUUGUUGUUUUUUUAUUUAAAUGUCCCAAAUAUGUAAGAAGUUCUAGUGUCAUCAUUUUGUAAACAGGUUUUGCACUUCCUCUUAUAAGCAGCCUACAAGUUAAUGACCAUAUUUGGACACUGUUUAUGAAUAUAUUGCUGCCAUUAUUGCCAUAUAUGUACUUCCAUGUCUGUUUUUUUUGUUUUAAUUGCUGUACAACCCUUCAACAUUCCUGCUGAACUGUUGAUUAUAAGUGCAAUGUGUAAAAUGGCCAUAUAUGAACAGCUGAGAACUGAAAAUGGGCCAAAUUCUGUUUCUAAAUUAAACAAACACAUGCAAUAAAUAAACUUCUUAAUACUUGAUUCUUCAACUGUUGCUCUAUUGAUAUAACUGCAUACUUUUGGUAUAUUAGCGUGACCUAUUAGCUUACCAUUUAGCUGUUAGCAGAUGCUAUACGUCCCUCCAUUGCAUGUCCAUACAUUUUGCAUG